CUGCUCCCCUGCCCACUGGAAUCGACACUGAUCCCAGCCCCUCACCCAACUCCCAUGGGAGCAAUAGGUAGUUGGAGACUCGCAGAAAUCUGAACCCCACCACUAGUCCACACUACGUUGCCAGCCCGCAGCACCUAGGCCACAGGGUUAAACCGGAAACCGGAAAAGGUGAAGGUACCCGACGACCCUCGGCCAGGACCGGCCACUAGCGACACUAUCCUUCCCUGGCGCGCGAGGCCAGCCUUUCAGUCCAGACUCAUCGAGCCAGGAUGCCGCGCUGUGAGGGUUCUCGGGCUCAAGCCCUGCAAAGCCCAGGAGCUGGCUGUAGGUGUCCUUGGUGAAUGCCAGACCGCACACACCGUCCCAGCAAAUCCCGAGCGAGUAUGGGACAGGCAACAAAUCAGUGCCCAUCUGGCCAGGCAGAAUGAGUCGAACGCGGAAGUAGGGAGCAGGCGGAGGCCGGCGGGGAGCUGUUGCUACGCAGGCCGGGCCUGGCUCUGGGCCCUGGGCCUUCCAGCCAGGACUCUGCGCCUGCGCCCGCCUGGCUGCCGCCAGCUCUCCCAGCGCGGCAGCUGUCGCGGCAGCUGCGCGCCGCCUAGGUAUCUGGGCGAUCCAUGGGCAAGAGCAAGGGCCACGAUGACAGAUUACGGCGAGGAGCAGCGCAACGAGCUGGAGGCUCUGGAGUCCAUCUACCCUGACUCCUUCACAGUAUUAUCAGAAAGUCCACCCAGCUUCACCAUUACUGUGACAUCUGAGGCUGGAGAAAAUGAUGAAACUGUCCAGACUACCCUCAAGUUUACAUACAGUGAAAAAUACCCAGAUGAAGCUCCCCUUUAUGAAAUAUUCUCUCAGGAAAAUCUAGAAGAUAAUGAUAUCUCAGAUAUUUUAAAAUUACUAGCAUUACAGGCUGAAGAAAAUCUUGGUAUGGUGAUGAUCUUUACUCUAGUGACAGCUGUGCAAGAAAAAUUAAAUGAAAUAGUAGAUCAGAUAAAAACUAGAAGAGAAGAAGAAAAGAAACAAAAAGAAAAAGAAGCAGAAGAAGCUGAAAAGCAAUUAUUCCAUGGCACUCCAGUUACAAUUGAGAAUUUCUUAAAUUGGAAGGCCAAGUUUGAUGCAGAACUCUUGGAAAUUAAAAAGAAAAGGAUGAAAGAAGAAGAACAAGCAGGAAAAAAUAAAUUAAGUGGGAAACAACUAUUUGAAACAGAUCAUAAUCUUGACACAUCUGAUAUCCAGUUCUUGGAGGAUGCCGGAAACAACGUGGAGGUAGAUGAGUCUUUGUUCCAAGAAAUGGACGACUUGGAGCUAGAGGAUGAUGAAGAUGAUCCAGACUACAAUCCUGCUGACCCAGAGAGUGACUCAGCUGAUUAAUGGACUGUCCCCAUCUGCAGAGAGGCUUGACUGCCACAGCAUCUGUGGCUGUGCUCAGAGGGUUUUGAUUUUCCUUUCUUUUUUUCUAGGAAAAAAUUAUUUUCAGGAGAAUAUUCUUCUGAUUGCUUUCAUCAUUGAACUUAAUAAACUGACGUUAAAAUUUCAAAUAUAAAA